UUUACAUGCGGUUGGAGACAACACUUCCCGCCGCUUUAUUACAAUGAUCUACCGGAUCUGACCUUUACACAAGCGAAUGCGAUGCUAAUGUUUCGCCCUACUUUUCGUAAUUUUGUAUUUCCCCUCGCUUCCUUUUCGUCCUCUGUUUCACGCUCUAAUUUCUCCGGAUGCUUCCUGGGCAUGGUCGAUUACGCCAACUCAAGCACUCCCUUUCACAAAUCAUUGUUGUCUGGUCACCUAAAGAACCAAAGAUUAGACGCAGCUCGAGCGCUCCUCGAUAACAUCCCCGUUCUCGAUGCGACUCUAUGCACCAUGAUGAUCAACGGUUAUGCCAGAAAUAAUAGACUCCGCGAUGCCUUGAAGCUGUUUUACGAAAUCCCGGUUAAAGACAUUGUUUGUUGGAAUUCGAUAGUUAAAGGGUGUUUGGAUUGUGGGGAUUUGAGUAUGGCCGUGAAGCUUUUUGGUGAAAUGCCUGAAAGGAAUGUCGUUUCUUGGACCACGAUGGUGAAUGGGUUCUGUCAGUUCGGGAGAGUUGAGAUGGCUGAGCGCUUUUUUUGGGAGAUGCCGGUGAGGGAUGUGGCAGCGUGGAAUUCAAUGCUUUAUGGGUAUUGUGGUAGCGGCAGACUUGACGAUGCUAUGAGAUUGUUUGACAAGAUGCCUUUUCGUAAUGUGAUAUCAUGGACUUCGUUGAUUAGUGGGCUUGAUCAGAAUGGGAAGGGCAUUGAAGCGUUGUGUCUUUUUAGGCAGAUGGUAGGUUAUGGUGUUGAGCCCACUGUGACCACGUUGGUUUGUGUGUUAUCAGCUUGUGCAAAUAUACUAGCUCUACAUCUAGGUGUUCAGAUUCAUGGACAUAAUAUUAAGUUAGGGUACUGCUUUGAUGAAUUUAUAUCUGCUUCACUCAUAACAUUUUAUGCAAAUUGCAAGCAAACAGAGAAUGCUGGUAAGGCUUUCUAUGAGGUAACGCAUAAAAAUGUAGUUGUAUGGACAGCUCUUGUAACCGGAUAUGGUUCAAAUGGUAAGUAUCAGGAUGCAUUGACAGUUUUUGGGGACAUGAUAAAGAUGGGUGUCCUUCCUAAUCAAUCUUCUUUCACCAGUGCUUUGAAUUCUUGUUGUGGAUUAGAGGCUCUUGAUAGGGGCAAAGAGGUCCAUGCAGUAGCCGUUAAGCUAGGUUUAGAGACUGAUGUCUUCGUGGGUAAUUCUAACAUUGUCAUGUAUGCUAAAUGUGGAAAUAUAAAUGAUGGCUUAGCUGUAUUCAAAAGAAUUCGUAACAAGAAUACUGUCUCAUGGAACUCAAUUAUUGUUGGUUGUGCACAACAUGGGUGUGGCUUCUGGGCUCUGACUCUCUUUAGCCAAAUGAUACGUAUGGGGGUGGACCCGGAUGAAAUCACAUUCACAGGUUUGCUUUCUGCAUGUAGCCAUUCCAGGAUGUUACAGAAAGGGAGAUGUGUUUUCAAAUAUUUCAGUGAAGGUAAACAUAUUGAGAUGAAGCUUGAACACUAUGCAUGUAUGGUUGAUGUCCUAGGUCGAUGUGGUGAGUUGGAAGAAGCAGAGGAGUUAAUAAGACGCAUGCCUAUGAAGGCGAAUUCCAUGGUAUGGCUAGCUUUGCUUAGUGCUUGUAGGAUGCAUUCUAACUUGAAUGUGGCUGAAAGAGCCGCAAAAUGCCUUUUUGAUUUAGAACCAAAUUGUAGUGCAGCAUAUGUGUUAUUAUCUAAUUUAUAUGCAUCUGCAAAUAGAUGGGGUGAUGUCUCCAGGAUACGGGGGAAGAUGAAACAUAGUGGGAUCAUAAAAGAACCAGGAUCCAGUUGGGUUAUUCUUAAGGGACUGAGGCAUAAAUUUCUUUCUGGAGAUAGGUUGCACCCACUCAGCAAAAAAAUAUAUGAAAAGCUUGACUGGUUGGGAGGAAAGAUGAAGGAAUUUGGUUAUGUUCCCGAUCAACAGUUUGCUUUGCAUGAUGUUGAGGUUGAACAAAAGGAAGAGAUGCUGUCUUAUCAUAGCGAAAGGCUAGCCAUUGGAUUUGGGUUGAUUAGUACUGUAGAGGGGAGUACAAUAAUAGUAAUGAAGAAUCUUCGUGUGUGUGGUGACUGCCAUUCUGCCAUUAAGCUCAUAGCUAAGAUUGUUGGGCGGGAGAUCGUUGUAAGAGAUUCUAGCCGCUUCCAUCACUUCAGGGAUGGUCUUUGUUCUUGCGGGGAUAAUUGGUAGUUCUGGUCUUGUAUUUGUAGGAUGCACUUCUGUGGAAUUGUUUUGAGGGGCUUUAUAAUAUUUGAAAUGAUUUGCAGUAGAGCAUGUCUAUGCAUAUCAUAUGAUACCCAUUGAAUCAGCAAUACUGUUUAAAGAUUGGCGAGAUCAUUAAGAGUCUCCUUGGCUAUCUUAUAUGUGGUUUGGAAACACACCAGUUUGGCUAGUUUAAGGUGCCUCAGGUGUAGAUAAUUUUAAGGUUCCUCAAAUGUAGAUACUGAGGCAUUAAGUGAUAGCUGGUCCAAACUUGAGCAGAGAAGUAAUCUGGUCUCCAAGAAACAGUCUUUAUACCCAGUGGUACUUUUAGCAGGAAAACUCUUUUCCAUAUUCCUUUACAUCAAUUAAAGGGAAAUGUGAUUGCUGUUGAUGGUUUUUUCAUAAAAUGGGAGUUCUCAGAGCCUUGGCAAUUCCAUAAGGAGCUCUGCAAGCAAAGCUGCUUCUGGUGAUGUUAUACGCGAACGGUCAGUAGAAAAACUGUUUUCUGUGAGCUCCCAUGCUUCAAAAUUCACUAGGUUCAAUAAGUGGUACGAAAGUAGUAUUGAAUUCUUAAGAAAGGCAAUUAAAUGAGGUGGAAUUAUUUCAGGAAAAUGAUUGGCAAACAGGGACUCAUACACAGGUUCUGCAUGGGAUAUGCAAAAAUUUACUCGUUCGGUUAUAUAGAUGAGA